GGAGGGGACCCCUUCCCUCCGAAGGUUCCGAGAUAAACUGUGGGUGUGGUCGAUACCCGGAGGAAGGACCCCCAAGCACCAUGGCUUUAUUGGAAGCCCAAGUCAGUACCAUCCCCCAGGAGCAGAAGGCAGGAGCAUCUUCUGCUCCACUCUGCCCCCCAGUCUUCAUGCAGGAUGGAGAGGAAGAAGAGGAAGAACAAACAGAGACCUACCUGUGUGUGCUGUGGAAUUCUGGAUGCCUGGGCAUAACCUACUAUGAUACCGCUGAUUCCACCAUCUAUUUCUUGCCAGACACUCCUGACUGCGAUAACCUCAAAUUUCUCCAGAGAGUGGUGGAUGAAAUCAACCCAAGAUCCAUCAUCACAAGUGCCAAGCAGGAUCAAAAUAUGGCUCAGUUUCUGGGGGGCCUGGGCUCGGCUGACCACAAGGAGCAGGAGACCCCUGAAACUGUACUGUUCCCCAGUGCGGAUUUUGGUCUAGAGAUCAGCAAACAGCGGAUCCUCUCUGGUAACUUUUCCUUCAUGCCGGAAUCCUUGACAUGCACUGAGAAAAUCCUCUUCCUCUCUUCCAUCAUCCCAUUUGAUUGUCCUCUCAUGGUACGAGCUCUAGGAGGGUUGUUCAAGUUUUUGAAUCGAAGAAGAGUCAAUGUGGAACUGGAAGAUGGUAGUGUCAGUGUACCAAUUCUAGGCUUCAAGAAAUUUGUCUUGACAGAUCUAGUGAGCAUAGACCAGGACACAUAUAGUGUCCUGCAAAUAUUUAAGAGUGAGAUCCACCCAUCUGUGUACAAAAUGGCCAGUGGACUGAAGGAAGGACUCAGUCUAUUUGGAAUUCUCAACCGCUGUCGAUCCAAAGGGGGUGAGAAACUGCUCCGGCUGUGGCUGAUGCGGCCAACCCAAGACCUGGAGGAACUGAAUUCCCGUCUGGAUGUUAUCGAGUUUUUCCUGCUGCCCCAGAACCUAGAGAUGGCACUGACCCUACACAGACUCCUGAGCCACAUCAAGAACGUGCCUCUCAUCCUGAGGCGCAUGCUCCUAUCACACACCACGGUCAGUGACUGGAGGAUUCUUUAUAAGACAGCAUAUAGUGCUCUGGGCCUUAGAGAUACCUGUCGAUCUCUGCCUCAGUCCAUUCAGCUUUUCCGGGAUAUUGCCCAGGAAUUUUCUGAUGAUCUCCACCACAUUGCCUGCCUCAUCAACAAAGUAGUGGACUUGGAAAGCAGCAUUGCUGAAAAUAGAUUCACUGUCCGACCCAACAUUGAUCCUGAUAUUGAUGAGAAGAAACGGAAGCUGAUGGGACUCCCCAGUUUCCUCACAGAGGUUGCCAGGAAAGAGCUAGAGACUCUGGACAGCCGCAUUCCUUCAUGCUGUGUUCUCUACAUCCCCUUGAUUGGCUUUCUUCUCUCUAUCCCUCGCCUGCCCACUAUGAUAGAUCCAAGUGACUUUGAGAUUGUUGGUCUAGAUUUCAUGUUUUUGUCUGAAGAGAAGCUACACUAUCGAAGUGCCCGUACCAAGGAGUUGGACUCUAUCCUGGGGGACCUUCACUGUGAGAUAAGAGAUGGAGAGAUGAUACUGAUGCACCAGCUGCAGUGCCAGGUGCUGUCCAGGGGGGCAGUACUGAACCGAGUGAUAGAUCUUGCUUCUCGCCUGGAUGUCCUACUGGCCCUGGCUGGGGCUGCCCGAGAUUAUGGGUAUUCACGGCCCCAAUAUUCCCCUAAAAUCCUUGGGGUGAGAAUACAAGAUGGCAGACACCCAUUGAUGGAGCUGUGUUCCCGAACCUUUGUACCAAACUCUACUGAGAGUGGUGAGGAUGGAGGAAGGAUCAAGGUCAUCACAGGACCCAACUCAUCAGGAAAAAGCAUCUACCUUAAACAGAUAGGUCUGAUUACAUUCAUGGCGCUAGUGGGGAGUUUUGUGCCAGCAGGCAAGGCUGAGGUUGGAGCUGUGGAUGCCAUUUUCACCCGAAUCCACAGUCGAGAAUCUGUCUCCCUUGGUCUCUCCACAUUCAUGAUUGAUCUCAACCAGGUGGCAAAAGCUGUGAACAAUGCUACUGAGAGGUCCCUGGUCCUCAUUGAUGAGUUUGGGAAAGGAACUAACACGGUGGAUGGACUGGCACUCCUGGCCUCUGUUCUCAGACACUGGGUGUCCCAAGGGUCCAGCUGCCCCCAGAUCUUUGUUGCCACCAACUUUCUGAGCCUAAUUCAGCUGCAGCUGCUGCCCCCUGGGCCCCUUGUACAGUAUCUGACCAUGGAGACCUGUGAGGAUGGAAAUGAGCUCAUCUUCUUCUAUCAGGUCCGAGAAGGUGUUGCAAAUGCCAGUCAUGCCUCCCACACAGCAGCCCAGGCUGGACUCCCAGUUAAACUCAUCACUCGUGGAUUGGAGGUCUCAGAGUUGAUUAGAAAUGGAAAACCUAUCAAACCUGAUAAAGGAUUGUUAAAGGAGAAUCAGAUGGAAAAUUGCCAGGGCUUGGUGGAUAAGUUCCUGAAACUGGAUUUAGAAGAUCCCAAAUUGGACUUGAGCAUUUUCAUGAGUCAAGAAGUUCUACCUACAGCCUCCUCCAUCCUGUGAUCAGCCCUCCUUUCUCCAGGAUAUCAAGUGCUCUUCUAUCCCUUCUCAACUCUGGACUCCCAUGCCCCUAACUCUGGCUUUUUUUCCCUGGGGGGAAAACUAUGUUUUGGGAAU